GCUACACACAGGUGCGUGUCCUGGUGGGAGCCCCAAAGGCAGACCGUUGGUUUCCGGUUCCGGGAGUAACCAACCGCCGCAGAGUCGGCAACUAGUGCCUUGGAGGAGGCUGCCGUGGAGGAGGAAGAAGACUGGAUCGGGCGGGACGCGCGGGGCGGGAUCCUCCCCAUGGGUCCACGGGCCUAGCGCAGUGGACGCCCAGGGCCUCCUGUCCAGCUGUCCCGCAGGCUUCUCUUCUUUCCUGAAGCAUCUAUGGCUGAGGACUGGCAGGACUGCCCAGCCCUGGGCCCUGGCUGGAAGCGUCGUGAGUCCUUUCGAAAGUCAGGGGCCUCUUGUGGACGCUCAGACAUCUAUUAUCAGAGUCCCACAGGCGACAAGAUUCGAAGCAAGGUUGAACUGACUCGAUACCUAGGCCCUGCAUGUGAUCUGACCCUCUUUGACUUCAGACAAGGCAUCUUGUGCUACCCGGCUCCCAAGACCCAUCCCUUGCCUGACCCCAGCAAGAAGCAAAAGAAGCCUUCUAAACCAGCCAGUGUUAAGAAGCAUCAGGGUGGGCUGCAGAAGAGUGAUGUCAGGAAGGCGACCCCGCGGGCUGAGAAUAAUGCUGGCACUGGCACAGCUCCAGCUUCAUUACUUGUACCUGGCCGCUGUGAGAAUUGUGGAAUCCGCGUCCCAAGGAAUGGUGUCAGAAGGCAGAGGCUCAAGACAUUAUGCGAAGACUGCCGAGCACAGAGAAUUGCCUUCAACCGAGAACAGAGAAUGUUUAAGAGAGUUGGCUGUGGAGAGUGUACAGCUUGCCUGGUGAAAGAAGACUGUGGGACUUGCUCCAUCUGCCGCCUGCAGCUGCCCCAUGAUGUGGCCUCCGGGCUCUACUGCAAGUGUGAGCAGAGACGCUGCCUCCGGAUUGUGGAGAAGAGCCGAGGGUGUGGAGUAUGUCGGGGUUGUCAGAACCAAGAAGACUGUGGCUGUUGCCGAUUCUGCCUUCGCCCUCCCCGCCCUGGUCGCAAGCGCCAGUGGAGGUGUCUGCAGCGGCGCUGCUUGUGGCACUUUGCUCAUCGCUUCCGUGGCCACCCUCAAGGAUGUCACCAGUGCCCUCCCCAGGUUGUGGUUCCCCCUAUUGGUAAACGUGACCGUGACCGUCGUAAGAGUAGCUCGAAGAUGGCUGCCCAACGUCACUCCCAAGCUCAGCCAGUGCCUCCACUUCCUGCACUACAGCACCCAGAGCCCACAGAGCUGCACAUCAGCGACCUAGCGCCCACAUCACCUGCUGAGUUCAUCUAUUACUGUGUAGACGAGGACGAGCUACAGCCCUACACGAACCACCGGCAGAACCGCAAGUGCGGGGCCUGUGCAGCCUGCCUACGGCGGAUGGACUGUGGCCACUGCGACUUCUGCUGCGACAAGCCCAAAUUCGGGGGCAGCAACCAGAAGCGCCAGAAGUGUCGUUGGCGCCAGUGCCUGCAAUUUGCCAUGAAGCGACUGCUGCCCAGUACUGGGUCAGGGUCUGAGGAGGGAGCAGGAUCGCCUCCAUGUCACCCUUGUCGAAAGAGGCCUGGUUCUCCUCAACAGCUCCAUCCAAGCUCCUCUUCAAAGGCCCCUUUGGCUGUGCACACAACCCCACCAUGCCCUGUCCAGGCUUCAGCGAAGCAGCAAAUAGGUAGAGGCUUUGUGCCGACCCCACCUGACACAGACCUUGUGUUUUUACGAGAGGGUGCCAGCAGUCCUCUGCAGGUGCCUGGUCCUGCUGCAGCUUCCUCAGAAGCCCCGUUACAGGAGGCCCAAUGCUCUGCCCAGAGUUGGGUUGUGACCUUGCCACAGGUGAAGCAAGAGAAGGUGGAUGCCCCAGAGGAGUGGACAGCAGGCACAGCCUUCCUGACUUCUCCCACGUUGCAGUCUGGCUGCCCUGGCAAGGCAGUAGACCCAGACCUUCCACCUGUGAAACAAGAGCCCCCUGGCCCUGAGGAGGAUAGAGAAGAAAACAGAGAAGAUUAUGUUUCUGCAUCAGCCCCAGAGGAGGAGGCAGGAGGGGUUGGCACACCAGUGAUCACGGAGAUUUUCAGCCUGGGUGGAACCCGCCUCCGGGACAUAGCAGCUUGGUGGCCAAGGUCCAAGGACCUUAAAAAACCUGAAGCUAAAAUGCAGUAGACUGGAGACUUCUGCUGACUGUAGGACCGAAGGUGAUAUUUGCACACCGGCUUUGUGAGAAACAACCCUGAUCUACCAGGGGCUGGGCCCUGGCCUGGUCGCAGAGCUUGUUUGUG